AGACUGCGAGGCCGAGGCCCGCGACGGUUAAACGGGGCUGGAGCCUGGGGCAGCCGGGGCCUGUGGUUUGAGGCCUCCGAGUCGGUGGCCGAAGCUCCGCAACGGCAGUGAGACCUGCAGGCGUCCUGCGCGGGCCCCGCCAUGCCGACUCGGGCGGAGGACUACGAGGUGCUGUACACCAUUGGCACGGGCUCCUACGGCCGCUGCCAGAAGAUCCGGAGGAAGAGCGACGGCAAGAUAUUAGUUUGGAAAGAACUUGACUAUGGCUCCAUGACAGAAGCCGAGAAACAAAUGCUUGUUUCCGAAGUGAACUUGCUUCGUGAGCUGAAACAUCCACACAUUGUCCGAUACUAUGAUAGGAUUAUUGACCGGACCAACACCACCCUGUACAUUGUCAUGGAGUACUGCGAGGGGGGGGACCUGGCGAGCGUGAUCUCAAAGGGAACCAAGGAAAGACAGUACUUAGAUGAAGAGUUUGUUCUUCGAGUGAUGACUCAGUUGACUCUGGCCCUAAAGGAAUGUCACAGACGAAGCGAUGGCGGCCACACUGUGCUGCAUCGGGACCUGAAACCAGCCAACGUUUUCCUGGAUGGCAAGCAGAAUGUUAAGCUUGGAGACUUUGGGCUAGCUAGAAUACUGAACCACGAUACGAGUUUUGCAAAAACAUUUGUUGGCACACCUUAUUACAUGUCUCCUGAACAAAUGAAUCGCAUGUCCUACAAUGAGAAAUCGGAUAUCUGGUCCCUAGGUUGUUUGCUGUAUGAACUGUGCGCACUAAUGCCUCCGUUUACAGCUUUCAACCAGAAAGAACUAGCUGGGAAGAUCAGAGAAGGCAAAUUCAGGCGAAUUCCAUAUCGUUACUCCGAUGAAUUAAAUGACCUUAUUACGAGGAUGUUAAACUUAAAGGAUUACCAUCGACCUUCUGUCGAAGAAAUUCUUGAGAAUCCUUUGAUAGCAGACCUGGUUGCAGAAGAGCAAAGAAAUCCCGAGAGAAGAGGGCGACGGUCAGGGGAACCAGAAAAGCUGCAGGACUCCAGCCCUGUGCUGAGUGAGCUGAAACUGAAGGAAAUACACUUACAGGAGCGGGAGCGAGCUCUCAAAGCCAGGGAAGAAAGCCUGGAGCAGAAGGAGCGAGAGCUUUGUGUUCGUGAGCGGCUGGCAGAGAACAAACUGGCCAGGGCAGAAAGUCUGCUGAAGAAUUACAGUCUGCUGAAGGACCAGAAGUUCCUGUCUCUGGCGGGCGGUCCAGGUUCUGCCUCUCCCAGGAAUGGAAUCUUAAAGCAGUCAAUCUGGCAUGACCUCGUCAGCAGUAGUAAGGUCAUCUGCCUGGUAGACACCUGCUGUCCACUGAAUUAAGAGCGUUUUGAUCUUCCGACCUCGGGAAUGAAGAAGAAGGUUCACUUCAGCGGGGAGAGUAAGGAGAACGUCGCAAGGAGCGAGACUCCUGAGAGUCAGCUCAGCUCCAAAUCCAAGUGCAAAGACCUGAAGAGGAGGCUCCAUGCUGCUCAGCUGCGGGCGCAGGCCCUGGCAGACAUUGAGAAAACGUACCAGCUGAAAAGCAGGCAGAUCCUGGGCAUGCGCUAGCCUGGCCCAGAGACAGCGAGCGGCGAGCCGGGUCUAACACUGCCCGCCCUUCGAGGCUGGCAUUCCCCUGCCGCGGCCUACACGCGUGCUGCCGUGAACCGUGCGUUUUCUGUAGGAAGCCUGAUGUUUCGGGGUCGCUUUUGCUGUUCCUCGGCGGCAGGUGUGCCAGCGUCCACCCCGUGCAUUUGUCUUUCUUUUUCUAAGAAGGCUUUACAGACAGAAUGACUGUCUUGGCCAACUGGGCUUUUCAUCCUCUGUGUGAUUACUUCUGGAACCUUCGAUGUUAUAUUCUAAGUGUUGGGAAUUGGGGGGGAUAGUAGGAAAACAUCUUUACUCAGGAGCAGUGCUUACUGUGAAGUCUGAAGGACUGAGUGGUGUGCUUUACAGCUGUCCUGUCUAGAGUGAAAAUUUAAGUCUGGGUUUUUAAAUGUUCUUGAGCUUAGAGAAAACCUGGUCGGCCACUGAUACGCUGGCAUCUCGCGUGUAAACAUCCCGUUGCUCUGGGGCGUGAAUCUGUGACCUUCUGUGGAAGAGUUCAUCUCUGUGAUGUCUGUGUGCUUUUCCCCUUUUUAUUCUGUGAAUGUCCUGUGCCACCUCUUUCUGACUAAAUAAAAGAAUUCUUUAGUUUUCCUAGU